CCUUCAUUCUCGUCAGGCCGAGAAUUCGCAAUCAAAUAUGGCUGCCUCCAGUGCUAAGCAUGAAAAUGACCUACCAUGCGAUUUAUGUGACGAUUUCUUAGCAUUUCAGGAGCAGCUGAAGAAGCACAGACUGGUGGAUGAUAGGAUCAUUAACACCCUGAAUUCCUCCCUCCCUACCAUAUCCUUCCCUGCCGACAGGACCACCAAAUGUGAAAGCUUAUAUAAAGAGCUUAGCAAGGAGUAUGAGAAAAGAGAGUCCGCCAUUAAAUCCUGCGUCUCUCUGUUGUCCAAAAAAGUAGAAAUACUACGAAAGGAACGGGAAAGCAACAUGGAUGACUAUGAACUAACCAAGAAUUUACGUAAAGAACAAACUAAGCUACGAUUAAUGCAGCAAGAGCUUUGUAUAGAAGAAGUGGUCAAAGACACAAGUCUAAAGGCUUUCCAAGAGAGAUGCAGACAGUAUUACAAACCUCCGCUAUCACCACCAGUCUGACAAAGUAGUGUUUAUAUAGUCAACUCUAAAUGAACAAUGUAUGCUAAAAGUGUAAUUCAGGGGGCCAUGCACAAAGGGAAAUAACUCAUUUUGUUUGCCAUUGUGGAAUGCAGUUACACCGAGGAAAUUAUGUUUUAAUCUAACAGCAAAUUUUAUAGAAUUAAACUGUGUGUUGAAUGAUUGACAGAUGAAAUAUACUGAAACAUGAGAUAUAAUAUAGAUGGAAUUUGUUUAUUUCUGACCAAUAAAUAUGUUUUAUUA